CCUCCCGCGGGCCCCGUCUCCUUGCCGCCACUCUCGGCGGCCGCCGACCUCCCACGCCGGGUUUGUCCACGCGGGCCGCGCCGCUCUGCAGCUCACGAGCCCCGGACGUGGCGUUCCCCGGCCCAUAGGCCGCGUCCGGCCCCGAGCACAAAAGGCAGCAGCCCGCAGCCCCGCUGGCCUCUUGGACCGUCUGCGACGUCCUUGUCGAUAAUUUAAGAAAAGAAGGCGGAAGAAGCGUGUUUUGGUGGUUUGCACUUUACCGUGUGCCAGACCCGGAUUUAGGUGUCUUCCAACAGGUUUAUCUUGCUUCACGGGGCCCUGGGGGAUUCUUUUCCAUCUACCAAAUUAUUUUGAAGGAAAUCUCAGACAUCAUUUCAUCAGUAAAUUUUUCACUUAUUGCUAAUCCUUUUAACUCUAACGUGCCACAAUGGCAACUGCACCAUACAACUACUCUUACAUCUUUAAAUAUAUUAUUAUUGGGGACAUGGGAGUAGGAAAAUCUUGCUUGCUUCAUCAAUUUACAGAAAAAAAGUUUAUGGCUGACUGUCCUCAUACAAUUGGUGUUGAAUUUGGUACAAGAAUAAUUGAAGUUAGUGGCCAAAAAAUCAAACUGCAGAUUUGGGAUACAGCAGGACAGGAGAGGUUUAGGGCUGUCACACGAAGCUACUACAGAGGAGCUGCGGGAGCACUUAUGGUGUAUGAUAUCACUAGAAGAAGUACAUAUAAUCACUUAAGCAGCUGGUUGACAGAUGCAAGGAAUCUCACCAAUCCAAAUACUGUAAUAAUUCUCAUAGGAAAUAAAGCAGAUUUGGAGGCACAGAGAGAUGUUACAUAUGAAGAAGCCAAACAGUUUGCUGAAGAAAAUGGCUUAUUGUUCCUUGAAGCAAGUGCAAAAACGGGAGAGAACGUAGAAGAUGCUUUCCUUGAGGCUGCCAAGAAAAUCUAUCAGAACAUUCAGGAUGGAAGCUUGGAUCUGAAUGCUGCCGAGUCUGGUGUACAACACAAACCUUCAGCCCCACAGGGAGGCCGGCUAACCAGUGAACCCCAACCCCAGAGAGAAGGCUGUGGCUGCUAGUGACCUCUUUGCCGUGGCUCUCAUUUGACCUUUCACCUCUGUCUGUUGGAAGCAGUACUUUUUACUUGCUGCCUCAUUGUCUUCUGUACAUCUUACUGGGUUUAAUUAAAAAGAAAAAACAACUCUGUUGUAAAAACAGUUUAACACAAUACUAAACUGCUAAACAACUAGAUGUAAUCAGGUUAUCAAAGGCAAGUAGAGUAAUAAAUCUCUUCUGCAUGGUAAAUCUAGACUUUUUUCCCCCCUUGAUUGUCCUCGUGAUAGGUAUGUCACCAAUACAUGAUUUAAACUGAGCACUGAUGCUGGACUUGAGUUUUACCCCUCCCUCUUUUUGGCAAGGCUUUGUCUCAUUGUACGGUUUAAUUUCAUGAUAUCUUAAGCCUUUCUUCCCAUUUUUAACUGUUCAGGUAUGUCUGUUAUAACCCAUAAGUUUAUUGCUGUGAAAUGACUUCUGAUGAUAGAGAAGGGGUCCUUUAAAGCCUUUUGUUUUUGUUGGAUAAAUUCCCUGUUGUGUGGGUGGCAUUUUUCUUGAGGCGGUUUGCUUCUGUCUUAGCCUUGCACAGGGAAAAUAUCCAUUUAUCUUUUCUCUUGUGCUUAAUUAAUAGCUUUAUCCUUUUUUUUUUUACACCAUUUUAUCUUUUUCUCUUUAGCAGAAAGUAAAUAUGUAUAAAAUUUGAAGGAACCGAACUAACAAUACAUUCUGUGUAUAUUAUUUUAAUGAAGAAAAUAAAUUGAUUACUGGCAUUGGAACAGUAUAAAAUACCAGUUUGUACAGUAUGACCUAUAUGUGACUAUGUUACUCCCUUCCAUUUCACAUAAGGAAAUAGACACAACUGCAGUUCACAGGAUGUACUGGCUCCACCCUUUGGUGCUGGCAGUGUUUGGGGACAUUAUGCUGGAAGGAGCUCCUGGCGUGAGAGGAUUAACACUAGUAGAUUCUGUUCCAUCUUUGCACUGUGGCUUACCUGCUGAUUUUCUUAACUGUUCUUGUGCAAUCAAUAAUGUGCUAACCUGCUUUUCUCUUUUUGUAACGUUUUGCAUUACAGGCUGCAUUUCUUGCCUUACUAUAUAGAAAAAGAAAAAAGGCUGGGUUUAUUAUUGCACAUUUUAAGCUUUUAUACCUGUAUCUUCUUGGAAUGGUGAGAUUCUAAACGAGACAGCCAGAACUGCAGGUCUGCUGUUAAGGGAUUUUAAAUUGUGCAUUUUUAACACUACAGUGAAAUAAUCUAAGAUAUCCCAUGUUCUUAGUAUGAGGGGCUAUUUUAUGUCAUGUUGGCAUAAAUUGUUUUGUAAAGGGGAAAGUGUUUCUAACGGUGUUCCAAUAUUUGUGCUGAUACAAAGUAAGUUAUUGCUUUGCACUAGGUGGUUUGGCCACUGACAGAAUACUGUAUUGCAAGGGAAAUAAUCUUUUAUUUCUUUAGAAAGCAAACUUACAUUUUACCAAGUUCUUUACUUCUGUUGAUUGAUUUCUAAUUGAGUUUAUGGUUCAGGCUGGGAACUGAGAAGUUAUUUGAAGUAGGAUAGGCAAACCUCAGUAUAUUAUAUACAACGCACUCUCAGCUCAACUGUUGUGUUUAAAAUACACAUUUUAAAUCCCUAUUUACAGACACUAACGUAAAAAAUACAGCUUUCUGGGUUGUAAACAUGUGGUAGUACCAGAGUAUUGUAUAGUCAGUGUUAAAUAAAAGCCAAAACUGGAAUGUGCAGAAAAUAGGAUUUGGUUAAUUUGUGGACUCACCUUUCUGUCUUUGUUUAACUUUUUAAAAAGAUACCUGGAGUAGAUCAGUGUAUUCUGUUAAAGACUUAACAGUGAUCCAUUUUGCUUACACUGUUGCAUCACAAGGGACUUGCCCAGGGACCAUGACCUGCUGGUGUGUGUAUAUAUUUACAAAAACAAAACAAACAAACCACCCAUUGGGAUAUAAGGUAGCAAUCACAAAUGAAAGACUGCGGCUUGUUUAGGUGCAGUACCCUGAUUUCCCAAAGUUAGUUACAGUGGGUCUUAAUUGUUUUUGUGACAGGAGUUAUUCAGACUGCUGUACUCUUCAUUUGAUGUAACAAAAUGCUAUUAAUCUAAAUAUUUGUAAAUAAAGUACCUGUAUCUAGAUUAAAUUAAAAUUGUUUGCAUUAUUUUCUGAAUUAUAACAGGAUUUCAUAUUUUCUUCAGGCAGUUAUUUGGCAUAAGUCGCCAGUGUUUAUUUCAGAAUUGUCCUUUUUGUUUAAAAAGAAAAGUCUACAUAAGUAGCGUAUAAAUCCACAUCACCCAGUAAUUGAGCUAGUCUUAUCCUUGUGUUCAGAUCACACUUGCAGUGUUUUUCAACCUUUUUCAGUGUGAGAUCAGCACAUUUGGUGGCUGAUAGUGUUCUCCCUUGACUGUACUUGGGGCCAAAUUCUGUUAUUUGCAUGUGUAAUCCCCUAUAAUAAACUUGGGUGCUCAAAAA